GCAGGAAAGAUCUUCAAAAAGACCGCAGGUACACGAGGAUCGGGCGAGCCUCUUACCGGACACCUCCGACUUCAGCUCCUGCGGAAUUCCUCCCGCCGCGCAAACUCACGAUUGACACUUCUUUAAUCCAAACACUUCCGCGUCUGCGCAGUGAGCAUCCUGGAGGCCGGUCGGCCGGUCGCUUUCCGUGAGCGGAACAAACGAGCCAGCGCGCUAAAAAGAACGGAUUUAACGGGUCAGAUGUUGUGGAGAUGAAAUGAAAUGAAAAUGAAAUGAAAUGCCAUGCAAGGAGGAAGGCCACCUGCCAGAGCAUUAAAAACAGGAACCGGUCGCGAAAAGUUAUUGAAACUGCAAACAACGAAGUUUUAAGAUAACCCCGGUAGCGGAAGAAUCGAGUCUGGUAAAUGAGGGGUUUUCCAGCUCUUUUUAAAGACUGCGGCACUUGUUUUUGGAAAAAAAAAACCAAGAACCCAGAACUCCUGAUCAAGAAGCAAAGUUCCUGUGACAGAAAAUUUGGUUCAAACAAGAUGGCGGAAGGAGGCCGGCCACAGAGGAAGAUGUCACGGGCUGGAGAGAGCUUAUAUCACAUCCUGGGCUUGGAAAAGGGUGCUUCCCCAGAAGACAUCAAGAAAGCAUACAGGAAACUGGCUUUGAAAUAUCACCCAGAUAAGAAUCCUGAUAAUCCAGAAGCAGCAGAGAAGUUCAAGGAGAUCAAUAAUGCCAAUGUAAUUCUCAGUGAUGAGAACAAGCGGAGUCUCUAUGAUGAAUAUGGCUCUAUGGGACUCUAUGUGUCCGAGCAGUUUGGGGAAGAAAGUGUGAAGUAUUAUUUCCUCAUGUCCAAGUGCUGGUUCAAGACAAUAGUAGCGUGCUGUGGCCUCUUGACAUGUUGCUGCUGCUGCUGCUGCUGCUGCUUCUGCUGUGGGAAAUGCCGCCCACCUGAAGAAGACGAGUCCUACAAGUAUGUCAAUCCUGAAGACCUGGAGGCCCAGAUCCGUGCAGAAGACAAUGGUGGCGAUGCUAUCCGAAUGCAGCCAACAGCAAAUGCAACAUUGCACACUACAGAUGAGGAUCAGUCCUGCAAGCCAUGACCUUAGUUUGGUUUCCAGUCACAGCACAGUUCCUAUUCCAGCAACCAUUCCAGAGACAUCCUGCCCAGGCCUGAAUUACCAAUCAUUUGGACUCUGGACAAAGAGCUCCCUCUCCAGUUGUGAUGCUGUGCAAUGACUUUGGUGAGGGUGCCUGAAUGCCUGCUUCAGAGUCAUAAAUCUUCUCAGGGAACAUGGCCGCAGGCAUGCUCAGACCUUGCAAGGGGCUGGUUUGAAGGAAAGAGAGACACUUUAGCUCCGCCUCUUGGGGCCCAAGGAACAGCUUCCCCCUUCUCCAGCAGCAGAGCGGUUCUUUGUUUAGCCCGUAUUCCCACAACAGUGAAGGAAAAGAAAAUGGAUGCAUGUUGCCAGCCAACAGUCUUUAUCCCCAGUCAUUCUUUCUCCUUGCAAUCUUGGUAUUUUGUGUUUUUAAGCCAGCCAUAUUGUGCCCUUGCCAAAGACCAACACAUGAUGGAGGAGGAGAUAUUGGGCUCUCUGCCUCCCAGUACCAGGGAGUCAAACUGCCCUGCCCCGGCUGUCCCCUGGCAACUGGGAUUGCCCUCUCUGACCUAUGCAUUGGUGCCAAGCUGCAUUUCAGGGUGUAGUGUGAAGUAUGGUGGGAUUUGGAGUGCUUGCCUGGUAAGUUGGUGUUGCCCAUCAUCUCCCACGAUGAAUUGCUGCUCCAGAGAGCUUUAGUUUGCUGUGUAGCAUCCUGCCUCUUAAGCUGCCCCGAAUCCUUUUUCUGUGGGGCAGUACUGGGCAAGGGCAUUUUUCACACUGUGAUUUAAAAAAAAAAUUGUUAGGUUUUUAUCAGCACAAUUAAAUAUUUCUGAAGGAAAGAGCUGUUUUUUGUUCAUGUUUCCUUGGGAUGUAUUCAUUCAUACAUUCCUGGGAAUAUUGGGGUAGGUCUUACGUACUUUGCAUGCAAUCUCUGUUUGGCCUUUCAAGGACAUCCUAGAUAACCCCAUAUGCUGAAAUUUUUAGUAGAACAAGGCAAGUAAUAAAUUACUAUUUUUAAUAUAUUUAUGGACUGGAUUAUGCUAUUUAAGGAUCAAUAGCUGGCCUCUCAACAGUAUCAACAAUAUUUGCACAUUGACUUGGAUGGGAAUGUGUGAAGUUAUGUCAGAAUUCUGUCUUAGAUCUAUCCUUGUCAACAUUUUUAUAAAUCAUUAGGCCCUAGAGAGGAAUAAAUAUUGAGGGGUACCUUGGAAAAUAGAAUCAGUAUUUAAAUCCAUAUUUAAAUAUUGAUAUUUAAAUUAUCAAGAGCAUUAAAUAAAACCUACAAGAAUACAUAGAUAUAGAUCAAAAUGUAUAUAACUGGUGGGAAUGGCCAUAAACUAUAAGAUCAGCAAGUGAUACUAUAGAAAUUUGCUUUUUGGGUUUGUUUUUAACCUUUUGUCAUUAGACAGCACAGGUUGUGAGGGGCCUUUCUCUUUCGCACACAUCGGGGUGGAAUAAGGUGCCCACAACAGAUAAAUAAUGGCAGCAGGAACCACCAUAUGUAAGCCAGUACCAGUAUGUAAAGAGUCAGGCUUCUGAGGAGAGGUUUGACUUCCAUCUUUCCAUGUCUGACCUGUUUUGCUACAGUCAUCUUUUAUUUUUUAAAUACUUCAAGAUCUUUUUAAAGGACUGUCAACAUAGGAGAUGAAGCUAAUUUGUUUCAUUUGUUUCAGAGCAGUGUUUCUCAACCUUAGCAACUUUAAGAUGCGUGAACUUCAACCCCCAAAAUUCCACACUUUUUAAAAUAGCAAACUUGAGAAAUCCUGCUCCAAAGAAUGUAUCUUAACCAUAUGAACUUUUUGACGAUAGAAUAGAAGCACAGAGGCUGAAUUAUUGUCAAGAGAAGUAUAACAAAUGGGUAUCUGUAUCAAUAGGAACUUGAACUUUUGAAAUUGUAUGUUUUUAUAAUUUAAUUACAAAUGUGCCCUAUUCUAGAACUUAACAUGCUUGACCCAGCCUUGGCUAAAAACUGCAUAGUCUCUUCAGUCUUAAUAGUAUUAUAUGGCUUAAGAAUGAUUACUUUGGUACUAAUUUGAUAAUAUCUCUUCCCUGUUUUAGCAGAAAAAUAACUAGGUGUUAAGAAGUGACUAUUCUCCAUAGUUGAGAGAAUAAUCAACAGAUCAGGAAGACAUAAUCAGAUACACAUUUUUGCUUGGAGAAUCAGGUCCAGGUCCAAGUUACUCCAAAACAUGUUUUCUUUUAUAUAUUGUUUUAUUAAAGAAUAUUUAAAAGCUAACAGAAACUAAUAUAAAGAAAGAAAAAGAAAUCAAAGAGAGGUGCAAGAAAGAAACACAUAGAAAAAAUAUAAACCAAACUCUUAGAGAGGGCUGUAAAGCAGUAUGCACUGCGCACUGCACUGUGAAGCAGUAUAAACGUGCUAUUGCUAUAACUUUACCUCUAUGGUUACAACAUACCUCUCUUCUUUCUUUAUCUAUUCUGUUUAAUCAUCGAAACUAUAAAUCAUGUCCAUUUUUUCUAUUUCAUGCCAAAAGUCUGUAAGGGAUUUCCAGUUAGCAAUAAAUGUAGAUAUUUCAUUUCCCUAACCAAAGAAGUUAACUUAGUUAUAUCAUUUUUACAACCAUUCCUCCAUUGGGGAUAAUGCCGAAUCCUUCCAUCUUUAUGCAUACAAUAAUCCUACUGCAUAUACAAAGUUCCAUUUCUUUUCCAACCCUUUGUCCAUCAGUCCCAAAAGAAAAAAAAUGCUGGUUUCAAUUGCACAUUAAUAUUUUAAGAUUAUCUUAAUCGGUGUAUGUAUUUUAAUGCAAAAAUUUCCAGCUUUUUCUUGCAUAUCCUAAGCAUACCCCAAGCUGUUCAUUGCACCAAUAUCCUGCAGUGUUUACUAGUGAUUAUUGGUGAUUUUUUGUGCCGUCCUGGGCAUCAGUAAUAAAAUCUUCUGUUUCUGUUGUAAGCCGAAAGCCUUUUAGCUACUGCACUAAGUCCACCCAAAUCUUUUCUGAGAAGCCUUUCCAAGCAUUCUAAUCCCAUAUAGCGUUUCAGUGGGAUGGAUUCAGUCAGUGGGUGAAUACUUUUCCUGCAGAAGCUACCAAAUUCAUCUUUUGGCAUUUCAUUAGAAGGAUAAUAAGUAGCAGGGCUGGAAAAAUCCUGUAGAAGUAUGAUCAAUCUGAAGAGGCAAGAAUGGAUGGAAAUGAUCUGUGUAUCAACCUGAAGCAAUUAACAAAUGUUUGUAUAGGUAUUAAUGU